GAACAUCAAGUUUCCCCGCAAAGGUCCCUUCCCCGGCGUUCCCUGCUCCUGCCCCGACUCCUUUCGCGCCAUCCCAUCGCUCUUCUGCACCCACUUGAUUUUGUGGGCCCGGCUUUUAUUGUGAAGGGGCACCUUAGUUUGAGCUCAUUUUCUCUCUCUCUCUCUCUCUCACUGUAUGGAAGCGCGGCUGCGACGCAGCCCGACUUCAGAGCGGCUCCCCGCCGGACGCCAGCCUCCUCGGGAUGAACUUUGUGUCGCACACUGCCGAGGAGAUGCGGGAGCCAACUCCGCGUCCUCUCCCGUCCUCUCGGCUGUGAACGCGUGUGGUGGGCAGGAGGAGGAGGAGGAGGAGGGCUGGGGCGGGGGGGGGCGCCGCACGGAUUUGACGCCUCGCAUUCGAGACAAUCCGCGUCCUUGACGACCGUGAUCGUCCGUGUCUUCCAACCAUGAGCGGGCUGCGGCGGCAAUCUUGGAAUACAGGGCUCUGAUCGGGUAUCCAUCGCCACACCAUGAAGACGCUCAACGCCAGAGGCGCGACAUCAUUAUCACCCUCCCGCCGGCGAAGGCCUCGCUUUACCUUACGCGCUCGAAAGAAGAAGGACGGAGCGAUCCGAGGCAAGCUUCGCCUGCGUUCUCUCGCCGGAGCCUUCCUGGCGCUCGGGGUCAUCGUGGUCACGCUGGGCGCGGCUCUGGCUGUGGCGGGAUACCGAAUGUCGCGUUGGUCCAUUGCGGGAGCGGCGGAGGGCAACGGCGUUCCCGAGCCGGCGGGGAAUCGCAGUCGGGGAGCGCAGGGCUUCCUGUCAUCGGUCAGCGAGCGGAUGAAGCUGCUGGGUCCCGUCAUCAUGGGGGUGGGACUCUUCAUCCUCAUCUGUGCCAACACCGUCUUGUAUGAGAACCGCGACAGAGAGACUCAGGUGCUGCUCGCUCAGAUGCGCAGCGUAAUCUGCUCCGUGUCUGCCGCCGUUCCCUCGGCCGACCUACGAGAAAUGGCGGUGGCCAACUUUGUGUCCAAACAUCACUGGGUGAGCACUUUGCCCGCCGCCCAACUCAACAGCUUCGACCGCCGGCGGCCGGCGAGCUCCGAACCCCCGCGCCGGACGAGGCCCGUCGACCACCGACGGGAAGAUUCGGCGCCUCCGGCUCGGGGCGACGCCCCCUCUCGCGAGUCCAGCCAAGUGGACUUCAGGGCGGCGUUUGAAACCGAGCCGAGCUUGAACGCCCGACCCGACACCUCACUCGCAAAGCUCAAUCGCCAUCCGAUGUCCGCCGGCUCCAUGUCCACUCUGGGGGCGGACGACGUGGACAUUCCGGCCGCUUGGCGGCCUCGCCGCUGCCAUAGUAUGAGCUACAGGACUAAAGCGGACGAGGCUCAGUCCGCUUUCGCGUCCGCGGGGGAGGAAGAUCACAGCGAUCAACCGCUUACGAGACGAGAACCUCUUUCGCGAGUUAGCAUCGACAUUGCCGGACAGGUUGCGGAUGCCUCCGAAGAGCGCGCGCGCCAAAGCUGGCCUCGGCUGGACCUGGCCGGCGGGAGACGUUACCUGAAGCUGGAGAACAAAGAGGACUCUGUGGACAAACUGCUGGAGCGCUUGGAGCGGCGGUGUUCGCGGUGGGAGAAGAGCUUCGGUUCAGGACCUUUCCAGUGAGGAACACUUACAGAUUGCGAAACAAGUUACGAAUCCUCUUUUGCUUGAAACGUUUCUUCCCCACCCACAC